AUGACACAUUUGAUUCCUGCACUGAAGACUUAUCCUUGCAACUAUUGGUCGAUACCACCCUUUGGCAUUGCGCGGGCGGCAUCAAUGAAGCUUACGACUUUUCGAUUCUAUCUUUACAUCAGCGACGGCCUUAUCGACGACGAUCAAUCAUAUCGUGGGCGGCAUCUGCUCGGAAUACGGUGGCGCAUCUUGUUUUUAGGCAUUCUAAAGAUGGCACUACUGGCUCACGCCGAAUGGGACUACAACGCACUAAUGAAGGGAUGGGGCACAGGGAUGCGUGGUCGCUGGACGGUUGAGAUUUUCACAUGCCCUCCUCUCCUCACCGCAACGCCACCCAACAGCCUGUCUCUUCUUCUUCUUCGGCUUCGUCUUCUUCAUCUUCUUCGUCGUCUUGAUCAUUGUACCAUCAUCUUUCAACACUUCAGGCGCGCCUCAUUCUGUACUUGUAUCCCGGAUCGUGAGGCCGCCUUUCAGGGCAUCGACCCCAGCAACAUCCGCAAAUACACAUUUGGAAGCGAAUGCGCUUGCAUGAUACGUUUUGGGCGGCGCGGCUCGCAUGAAGAGUGA